UAUCGCCUUGUCAAAACAAAAUAGUUCAGAUGAUAUGACCAAUAAUAACGCUACGAUAAUGACCACGCUCACAUGGAAUAACCUCAACGUAUUAUACGAUAUUUAUAGAUCUAGUAAGUCGGUAUGUAUACACUGAUCUGACCAUAGCACUUCCUGGUUGGCAUUCUUAAGUGCGGAUAACAUAGAAAUUGCACUCCAGUCCAGACAGCGUUUUGGCAAACAUGGCCGAUGAGGGCUGAAGAGAAAACUAGUAAUGGAAGAUGAUCAGAGCAAUGUCAUCGAAAAACUCAAGGCAACUAUACAAGGCAAUGAUGCUGAAACACUGAGGGAAAUUCUGAAAUCUUCUCCAGAAGCUGUUGGAUUAAUUGUAGAUGGACUGCCUUUACUACACUAUAUCUGUAAACAGCCAGGGGCAGGAAGUGACAUCGUACAGACGAUAAUACAGUGCAGUGAUGUGAACCUGACAAGUGCCGAGGGAACACCUUUACAAGUAGCCUGCAAGUAUGGAUCUAAUCAGGUAGUGCCCACUUUACUGGAUGCAGGAGCAUGGCUGGAAUCGGAGGAGGUCCCAAUUUAUGACAGCAACUCCCCAUUCUAUUUAGCAUCUGCAUAUGGCCAUUAUGGUGUCAUUGAAGCGCUGUUUGUGUACCAGCCAAGUAUGUCUAAUAGAACACCACCACUGGUGGUGAUGAACAAGCAAGAUCCACAAGAAAUGGUUAAGGACUUGAGGGUGAGGACAUGCCUUCUGUAUGCAGCCUGUUUAGGGGGUAACCAAAGAAUCAUCAAUAUGUGGCUCACCCCUGAGAUGGACAUCAACCACCCCCCUUACUAUUCCCACACUGCCUCCUUCUCAAUGAACAAAACUCCUCUGUAUGCUGCCUGUGCUGGAAAUCACCUUGCCGUAGCAGAGCAGUUGGUAGGGUUUGGUGCAGAACUGAAUGAAAAAAUUAUUGAAGAUUUUCCAGAAAUUUCCCAGAAGCUAGUGAAAAAUUGCAUCAGUCAACAGCCAAUGGAGUUUACGACUGAGGGCUACAGUGAUGAAUUAGUGCACAUAGCCAACUACAGCCACAGAGACUUGGGAGGGUUCCAUCUACUUAUGCUCUCAGAUUACAGUAACAUUUUGGUGGAACUCAAUAUCAGCAAUAACAACAUCAGUCGACUGCCAGCAAGCAUUCCCUGGGCUCUACCUGCCCUCAAAAUAUUCAAUGCUUCCUGUAACAAAAUAAGCAUGUUCAAAGUGGAGAGUCAAUCAGCUAUACAGUGUUCUUGUUUAGAAAAUAUCCUCUUGCAAGAAAAUCAACUAGAAGAACUUUGUUAUGAGCUUUUUCAACUUCCUGAGCUGAAGUACUUGAAUGUAGCACACAACAGAAUGAAGUAUAUGGUAAAGUCCCACCAAAGAUAUGAAGAUUGGAAGAUUCUGAACCCAGAAAGUGAAAGGCUUGAAUGGUGCUGUACAAAAUUACGUAGCCUGAAUGCCUCGCAUAACAACUUGGAAAUGCUUCCGACAGAAAUCAGCAACUGUACAGGUCUUGUAGAACUGGAUGCCAGUCACAAUAAACUGGUGGCCUUUCCCUCACCAUGGGAAUGUAAACUGUCUACAUUAAAUCUAUCUCAUAAUGAAAUAGUCCGGUUUGCUCCAAGUGUGGAACUGUUCUGGUGUGCAACUCUGAGAAAAUUACACCUAGACUUCAACUUUUUGGAAGAAAUGACGGAAAGCAUGGUCAAACUCUGUUGUCUACAGGUGCUGAACCUAUCCAACAACAAAAUUAAUGUUCUCCAGAAGCCAGAUGUAUGGGACUGCAAGAUGUUACAGAUACUGGACCUAAGUGGCAACAAACUGGGACUGUCAUCCGGAGACACGCCCCUACCCAAUUCAAGGCCCAAAUUCCCAAAAAGAUUUAGUCGAGCAUCAACCAGUAUGGAUAAUGUUUCUGCAAAAAUCACAUUUCCCUCAUUUUUAGCUCACUGCUUGAGCGAGUUAAACCUCAGUGACAAUUGCUUGGAUUGCGUUCCGCCAUCUGUUUGUCAGCUAGUGUCACUGCAAACUUUAGAUAUAUCAAGAAAUCCAGCCAUAAAAGUAUUACCAAAUGAGCUAGGGCGAUUAAGUCAGUGUAACACCCUGAAUGUUCAUGGUACAGGGAUCCUAGGGGAGGAACCAGCAUCCCCUGUUGAUCAUCACAUAUGGACCAAAAAGACUCUCCAGGGUUUGAAUGAAAAACUUCGGCAAAGCAAGGGGUAUUACAGAUUGAAACUAGUGGUGGUGGGCAAAAAGGAUAAAGGGAAAACUGCCAUUACUAAUCUGCUAGGCUGUAAAGCCAACAUUGAGUUCCAUGGGACUGGAAUUCGGAGGGUGGAAACCACUCUGUGUACUCGCAAGAGGGGAGGCAUUCUGGUUAAACUGUACUCUGAUAAACACAGAAUUCGGACUGAGAAGGACCAUACCAAAAAGAUGCCGAUAGAGUUGUGUGUGUGGGACUUAGCAGGGGACGAGUGCUACAAGGCAACACAUCACUGUUUCUUUACCUCAAACUCUCUCUAUCUGGUGGUCUGGGACCUCUGGUCUUUGGCCAAAGACAUAGAGAAAAUAGGGAAACUUCUCUACAGCAUAGAGGCAAGAAAUCCUAACUCCAAGGUGAUCAUAGCGGCCACCUUUCUGGACAAAAACUGCAGUCCCACAAGGGACAAGGAAGUGUCUGAGAUCAAGAUGAAGCUUCUGGAGGCAUUUGGGAGUGCUUCCGAGAGAUACGGGGGACUCUGUUCACAACUGGAGGAUAGCAAUAUUAUUCCCAUGUCUUGUACGACUGGUGCAGGUGUGGCUGAGUUGAGAGAGGCACUGUACAGUGUUGCAUGCAGUAUGAAGGAAACAGGGAGUAAAUCAGGCCGGUAUCUACUGGGAAGGAGUGUUCCAAACAGCUACAUAAUGGUGGAGAAGGAAGUAUACAGGGAGCUGCAGAACCGAGUCAGAGACUGUAAACCCCCCUUCCUGAUCCAGAGUGAAUUGUACGAUCUCAUAGAGAAAAUACCAGACUGUGAUGUAGAAGUUCCCGCAGAGGUUCCAGAAGUGGUAAAAUUCCUAGUUACAUCUGGCGCAAUGUUGCAUUUCAAUGAGCAGCUUCAAGGACUGAAUACCUUCUAUUAUCUGGACCCUACCUGGUUAUGUGAUGUUCUGUCACAAGUUCUAACCGACUCGACAUUGGUUCGUUCUAUGAAAGGAGGGAAGAUUUCAUUGAGUACGGUACAGGAAAUGUAUCUAGAGGAUUCCCGAUUUCCUGAUGAGAAUGUUCCACAAUACAUACAGUUGUUGGAACAAUUUGAGAUUGCACUGAAGGUGGAGUCCGACAGGAAGUUAUUUAUUCCAUCUCAUCUCCAUUCCAAUCCUGGAAUGGAUCUCCAGUUCCAGGGGCGUGGUGGAAAGCGAGUGUCCCGCCUGUAUCAGCUGGCCUUUAUACCUAAUGGACUGUGGAGCAGACUACUGUCGAGGAUCAUGUGUAGGAUAGAACUGUUGGCCAAUGAUUGGGUCCUUAGGUCCUCUGUAAGGAUCAAACCUGGAAAGUCCUUCUACAGGAUGAAUUCUAAAACUAGCAAAGGUUUGAAGAUAAACAACAAAGACAUGAUAUAUUGGGAGGAUGGCAUGUUUCUGCGACACGAGAAGGGUCACUUUAUGCUGGAGUCCAUACAAGUGAGUCAAAAGGAAGGCUACACAACUCAUGGAAUCCUGAUCACUGUCCAAUCUGUAGAGGAGGACUACUCCAUAAUGGGAAUGAUAGUAGAUGCUGUAGAGGACCUGCUCAAUGAUCAUUACCCAGGUUUGAUGGACUAUGACAUGCUGGGUAGGCCCAGGAUACAGAGGUUUGCCAUUUGCCCUGUAUGUUACACUAUCACCUCCAGUUUGCUUCCCUCCAACCUGGACCACUUCACAGUGGAGCACUGUGCCAGGCUCCUUCUAUCAGGAGACAGUGCUGUGUGCAGGAGGGGAUCCAAAGUCCCACUCAGUCAACUGGUCCCAGAACUUCUGAUGCAGGAGCUACCCAAGAAAUUUCUACUGGAUCCAGAGAAACUCCAGGUGGAUCCUUCCAAUAAAAAGGCUUACUUAGGGUCAGGGGUCACAGGGUCAGUAUACAAAGGGCAAUAUGGAGAUGUGGAUAUAGCUGUGAAGUAUUACCAUGGGGCUCCAAUGAUGUCGGGAAAACACUCCCUGGAUAGUAGUUAUUACUCUGGAGGGAACGUGUCCAGUGUGGAGCGGAACAAGCCAAGUGAUAUCAAUGUUGAUGAUGAUGAUGACCUUGAUGACUAUGUCAACACCCCACAGAUGCAUUUAGAUCGGGAUGAAGCAAGCAGCAUUAAGGCUUUUCGAGCAUUUAUGGAAAUGAGACAAGAAGCAGACGUCACGAGUAAAUUGGACCAUCCAUGUGUUGUAUCUUUUGUUGGUAUUUCCAUUAGACCAGACCUGUUAAUGUGUUUGGAGUUAGCACCCCUGGGCAGUCUGAGGCAGGUGCUGGAUAAGGAAAUAGCGGGUAGAGAACCAUUUAAUAAAUAUAGGGAUAAAGACAAAGUCUUCCUGCCCGUGUUCAACAAGGAAAUCAACUUUAAACUUGUUCAUCAGAUUGUUCGUGGUUUGGACUAUCUUCAUAAACACGAUAUCAUAUAUCGAGAUUUGAAGUCCGACAACAUUUUAGUGACAAGUUUAGAUCCAGAGGCAUUGGUGAAUGUGAAGUUGUCAGAUUAUGGAAUUUCAAAGUUCAACACGUCAGGAGGGACUGUUGGUUUGGUGGGGACACCCGGUUACCAAGCUCCAGAGAUUAUGGAUGGAUUAGCGUAUGAUGAAAAGGUGGACAUAUUUUCCUUUUCUAUGGUUUUAUAUGAGAUCCUGUCUGGAGAGAGGCCAUACUGUGAAUACAAAAAUAUGGCACAAAUAUCCAGAGCUAUCAAAAUGGAAGCCAAAAGACCAAACCUACAGGACUUCAAUAUUGAUCCCCGGUUUCCAAUGCUGGAGUGUCUGAUGCAGCAGUGUUGGAACCAUGAUGCCACUAAACGCCCCAGUGCCAGGGAAAUAUUGACCCCUAGCUACAUGAUGUCAGCAGACUUCCUAGCUCAGCACAAGCACUUCACACGGGAAUUAGAGGAAGUAGACCAUGUGGCCUCCAUAUCAGAGCAUGGUGGUAAAAAGCAACAGGUAUGGAUCUGGGAAGGGAAUGGUGAAGACCGCUGCUACCAUGUACUGGACGCCAUCAUGUGUGUAUAUCAGGUCUAUAAGAAACCACUGCCUGGUGCAUCAGUCACAUGCAUGGAGAAGAUUAACAAGCAGUUGUGGAUUGGCACAGAGGAUGAGCAAAUAGAAGUGUUUGGGCAACAAGGAAUUGGACACCCUUCAUCUUUAAAGAAGCUCAACCACUUUGGGGCCACUCCAACAUGUAUAGAGUAUAUCAAGCGAGAUGUUUCAAGCAACGGCAAGGCAUACGCUCUUUUGGGUGAUGGUCAACUAAAACUCUAUCAUUAUGUCAAAAAACCUGAGAUGAUAGAGGGGGAAGAGGUGAACAUGAGGCACCAGUUUAACUGGCACCUCAAGAAGACUCUGAGGUUAUCCAAAAGGACCGCUUCCUGCAUGACCUUUGUGAAGGAGACAGAAGAAAUGUGGUGUGGUUGUGGGAGUGAAAUUGUGAUCAUAAGCAAUAGGACAGAGAUGAUAGAAAAAAGAAUCGAGAUUAACAAAGAAUGCCAGGCCAUGCUGCAGAACGACAUCCCAGACAUCAUUGAAAUGGUCUAUAUGGACAAUAGGGUGUGGGCACUUCUGAACAACAGCAGUGAGAUACUUGAAUUUGAUACAGAAAUGGGCAUUUUGACACACAUACUUAGAUGUGAUCAAAUCAAUCCACACAGAAUGGUUGUUUCUAAAUACUUUUCUGGCAAUGGCAUAAAUGUACAAGCCAGGCCAAUAUCAAGGAAAGUGUCUCUUUCUUCGGAUUCUGGUGACAAUAUCUCCUCCGGUGAGUUUGAUCAGUGGUUUGACAACCACUCUAAAAAGUCCUCUGACAGUGCAGAUGUUGACAAUGGAGUACCCCCGCCCCUACCCGAGAGAAGAACCAGUGCCCCCCAGCAGCCAGUUCUUUCCCCCCCACUGCCUCCAAGGCGGCCCACCGUAACCAACAAAUCUCGAACCCUGCCUGUCAAUACCCAAUCAGGUUCCCAGAGUCCAUUUGUGCGCAGGAAUCGGCACCCCAAGGUGAAUUCUAUAGUAGGUGUUGGGGACUCCCUGUGGGUGGGCAGAUCAUGUGGUGAUAUAUUAAUCAUCAACAUCAAAUCAACAUCUCAGUAUCAGCAUGGUUGUGUGAUGGCGGUUAUGCAUAAUUACUGUAAUAAACAACACAUAAGCCAUGAAGUGGAGAAACUAGUCGCUGUGGACGACCUGAUAUUUUCUGUAAUAAAGGCCGAUUCCAAAUACACUGAAGUAACUUCUUGGGAAGCAUAUGAUGCUUCUAAAAUUCAAAAACUGGAACAGAUUUGGACACGUCCAAAAAGUAUGGUGUACGCCACAAAUUCAGAUGAUGUGUACUACAUCAGAAAUUCAGACGAUGUUGUCGACAUGGGACAAAUUUAGCAAUUUUUUGACAAAGAGUGCAUUGUGUAAAUACUGGAAGUAUUCUUAUAUGAUUCACUACAUAUCCUUUCCAGUACUGUAUUAAAAAUGGAAAAAGAUUCUUUUUUAUUUCUAAGACCAUGGGACUCUUGCAAUGCCUGGACAACAAAGUGAUAUUGAUAGUGCAAUAGAUAUGAUUGUACCUUGUAUGUUUUAAGAUGAUUUUAUCCUGAAACAUUUUUAACAGCAUUACAUAUUUUAUUUAUCAAUAUAUUUAUGUUGUUACUAAUAGUUUAUUCAUGUUAAUAUAAUAAUUGCAGCAACCAUGACAUGCUUCAUUGUCCACCAAUAAGCUUUCUCCCAUAAUCAUUGCCCACCAAUAAGCUUUCUCCCAUAAUCAUUGCCCACCAAUAAGCUUUCUCCCAUAAUCAUUGCCCACCAAUAAGCUUUCUCCCAUAAUCAUUGCCCACCAAUAAGCUUUCUCCCAUAAUCAUUGCCCACCAAUAAGCUUUCUCCCAUAAUCAUUGCCCACCAAUAAGCUUUCUCCCAUAAUCAUUGCCCACCAAUAAGCUUUCUCCCAUAAUCAUUACCCACCAAUAAGCUUUCUCCCAUAAUCAUUGCCCACCAAUAAUCAGUUGAUAUACAAGCUGAUCCUUAAAUACAUAUAGUUACAUUUACCAGAGUUUUGUAAGCACAUUCACUGUUUAUAUUUCUCAAUAUAGUAACUGUGAUAUGCAGUAAUCUAUCAAUUUCAACAGAAGUUAAUGCUUAAAAAAUUGUCACAAAAUAUAAGUGCAAUGAAUAAAAAUCUAGUCUGUUUAUAUCAAUUAAGGGGGGGUAUCAAAACAAGAAGGCAUGAGGUCAUUUCUGCAUAAUCGGCUUUGCAUGUUGAUUAUGCAAAUUACCCCUUCCUUCCAUGAUUUUUAUACCCCUAUUACACAAACAAUCUUAACCACAAGGUUUUGACACAAUCUGAGCAAAGUGGUUUAUAUACAGUAAAAUAUUUAUUUUUCAAAGUACGAGGGUCUUCAACAAAAGUUUGAGAUAUCCCAACUUGUCUUCUAAUUUCUGUAUGUUCAUGUGAGGCAUAACACUUGCACUAUAAAUAAGAAUCACUUUGUCUUUUGUUGUAUUUUGUCCCAUUAAUAAAUUAAAGUUAUUGUAGCAAUUCAAAGAAAAUAUUUUUAUUUCUUUUUUCCCCAUAAAACAUAUUCAUUGUAUAUAUGUAAGACUCUAAAGUGCAAUGGGACUCCAAAGUGUGAUGGCCACGCCAAAGUGCGAUGGUGUGAGACGAAUGCAUCAAACCCUGAUGGUGUGACACACUAAAAUGCGAUGGUCCUCACUCGUACGCCAAAGUGCGAUGGUAGGCAUUAACCAAAGUGUGAUGGAGUGACACGGUGAAGUCCAUUGGUUUGCAAAACUGAAAGGACACAGUGUUUUGGUACACGCUGUACCAUGUGAUGUUUCACCAAAAUAUCAAUGCAAAAUGAUAAUAACUUAUUUCAUUAUCAUUUAGAUGUUGUGUUCUUAAACAAAAUCUUCAAACGUGAAAUCGUAUAGAAUGUUUUGCAUUACAGCAUACUCCCCAGGAAUUUAUUACGUGUACAUCACAAGUAAUGGUUACAGCAUGUUUGAGUGCAGUACAAAUGUACUUUGCCGUUCUCAGCAGUUGAAUAUGGUUUAUCUCGAAUACCCCGCCUAUGUCAAAAGUCGAUCUCCGGUCCCUGGUGUAGUUGCUAUAUAAAUGAUUUUUUAAAAAUCCUGUUAUCUCGAACACCAUCUUGAAUACCCUGCUUAUGUUGAAGUGUCACAUCGCGGUAAUUGGUAUUUAGUGCAGUCUUCAAAAUACAUGGACAGUUAUACAUAAUCCCACCAGAUAGCAGUUUGAUAGAUAGAUGCAAAGAUUUUCAAAAUUUUGAAACAAACUGCAAUGGUCGCUCCAAAGUGCGAUGGUUUGUUAACGUUAUCAACGCCAAAGUGCGAUGGUCCCUCUCCUAAAGGCACGUAACACCAAAGUGUGAUGGUCCGUCAGUUGUAGGUGCACCACGCCAAAGUGCGAUGGCCUGACACGCCAAAGUCUGAUGGUGCGGGGAUAACGUUUGUGAUGUCACGUUAUUCGUAACGUCUUUCAAAUUCAAAUCAAAGAAAUGCAACGUCAGUUUGCCCCAAUGAAGGUUCUUUCUGCUGGCACCAAUGUCUUCGGGAUAUUGGAGGAUGGCACGGGUGGUUGACAUUGACGAUAGCAAGGGAAAGGUUUACACAAGAUAGAUAUUUUACUGUAUUAUAUAUACCAGUUUGCUCAAGUUGUGUCAAAAACCCUGUGAUCUUGACAUUUAUUUCUUAAGGAGAUAUGCUACACCAAAGAAAUUUGAUAUAGAUGAAAAAUGGAGGAUAUUUACAGCAAUAUUUUGAAAUUGCAAUCUGAAAAAUAAAUAAACACCUGCUGGACUCGAACCCGUAAUCUACAGUUCAGUAGUCAACAUGCUAACCCACUGAGCUACUCAGCUAGGUGAUGAAUUUUGAAACAUCUGCAAAUAUUGCUGAUAUAUUUCAUCCAUGUUUUAAAAGAAAGUCAGCCAUAAUGACGAUGUAGAGUACCUCCUUAAAGAUAAAAUUUUGCUGGUAUGACAUGAUGCCAGUAAAGGAAACAGUUUGAAUCCAAUAAUGUCUUCCACACACAAACAAACCAUCCUGGCUGCUGUUAUCUGCUUAGUGGAUUGCACUUGAUUUGGCAUGAAGGCAGCAUCAACAGUAGGCUUUGGUUCAUACAUCUCCAGAAGCAUGUAACCUUUGGCAGUAAAACUUCACCCAGAGAUUUUUCGUGACCUAAGAUUGUCUCCUUACCCAGUCAAUCAGUCAAAGGUGAAGGUCACAAGGACACUAUUUAGUUAAAUACAGUUUCCCGACUAAGUUUAAUGUUAUUAAUGUAUUUUGAGCUUUAGUAUUUGUAGUUCACUUAAAGUAUAUUGUUUCUGGGGUGUCCAUUCAACAACAUUGAGCUUCUGCAAGAAAACCUACCCAGGGUAAGAGUAGAGCAUUAUGGUGUCCUCUGCUCUAUUUUACAGCAUGUUCCUAUACAACUUGCAGAUUUCUAUUAACCUUUUGUGGCUUUUUGUAUCUCACCAUAUGAUAGCUAGCUUCUUAAUUUUUGGCAUCAAACUCUAUAUACACUAGUAUAUUUAAUAUACAAUUACACAAUAAUAUAUCAUAUAAUUUCAAAGUAUGUGCAGAGAAUUAUUUAAAUUUCUGAUUAUUUGAUACAUGUCUUACUGCUGUGAGCAGUGUACUAUAAUACUUGUAAGCAGUGUAUAAUAAUUGUAAGCAGUGUAGUUCAUGCUGCAUUUCAUUUGUCAUUUCCUCUAAGUUUUAAAAAAUGUCAUGGAGAAAUAAAUGAUAGUUUAUAAC